CAAGUGACAUGCUCACUGAAGGAGUCAAACAAAGAGGUGAAAACCAUUUCCUUUAAGACAUCCGAGAGCAGUGAACAUUAGUCAUUUGAAAACGCCCCACUACAUGAAACCCUGGAGCCCAGCACCUUUUAAUGAUUCAGCCUGGAAGCCAUUUAUACAGCACUCUAUUCUAUGAGAACAAGUAUGAACAUGGAAGUAAAGGCAACAUGAGAGGACGUGUUUUGAAGGGCUGAAAAGAAGAAGAAAGAUCAACACAGGAAGUAGGAAGUGUGAUCUGCGAUAUCUCCAGUGUGUGUGUGUUUGAGUGUGUAUCAAUUUGUGUGUGUGUGUAUGUGCUUGAGUGGGGUGUAUGUGUGAAAUGAAACACUGACCUGUGCAGGACAAUGUCUCUGAAGCUACCUCGCAACUGGGACUUCAGCACCUUCAAGGCUGAGACAGCUCGGAUAGCUCCGGUUGUUCAUGACACUUUUACCACCAGCUUUCUUGUGGUGUUUGGCAGCGCGAUCCAAGAGUGUGAUACCUGGAGAGGGAGGCCCUGGUCCGGGCUCACCACGCUCCUCCAGGUCCAUGGAGAGGCCGCUGAAGGCCGGCUGGCUCAAGAAACAGCAGAGGUCUUUAGUCAAGAACUGGCAGCAUCGUUACUUUGUGCUGAGAGGAAGCACUCUGACCUACCACAAGGAUGACAAGGAGACCACUGUCCAGGGAGUCAUCCAGCUGCGGUUCAGUAAAGUGAAUGAACUCCCUCUGAACUCAGAUGACCCUGGGAAAUACCUCUUUGAGAUUAUACCACGUUCAAGUGGAGAUAGAGAGCGAUGUCCCUAUGUGUUCAUGGCAAACUCCCAGAGUGACAUGGAGGAGUGGGUCCGCACUCUGCGCAGGGUCAUUGGAGUACCAACAAGUGGAGUGUUUGGAAAGGGUCUCAUGGACACAGUAACAUAUGAGCAACGGUUUGGGCCCCACAUGGUGCCAAUCCUGGUGCAGAAGUGUGUGGAGUUCAUCAAAGAACAUGGCCUGAAUGAGGAGGGCAUCUUCCGCCUCCCAGGUCAGGACAAUGCUGUCAAACAGUUCAGAGACGCCUUUGAUGCAGGAGAGAGGCCCUCCUUCCCCAGUGACACAGAUGUCCACACAGUGGCGUCGCUGCUCAAGCUGUACCUGCGAGAGCUGCCUGAGCCCGUGGUGCCCUGGACUCAGUACCAAGAUUUCCUGGACUGCACCAACAUGCUGGACUCCAGCAGCACGGAGGGUUGGGAAAAGUUGGAGAAACAAAUUGCUCUUCUCCCCAGAAUCAACUACAACCUUCUCAGUUAUGUCUGCCGGUUUUUGUUUGAGGUGCAGCUGCACUCCAAGGUGAAUAAGAUGAAUGUAGAGAACUUGGCUACAGUGAUGGGGAUCAACCUGCUCAAACCUCAGAUAGAAGACCCCAUCACUGUGAUGAAGGCGACUCCUCAGAUCCAGAAACUGAUGACAGUGAUGAUCAGACAGCAUGCAACUCUGUUUCCUCUCUCCAAAGACAUGCUUCACUCCCCUCCCACAAACAAGGCCGAAAGCCAAAAGAACACUCCCCGAAGCUUUGUGGGCUGGGAGUCUGCAGAGAUGGGUGAUGCAUCUCUGUCCGAGUCUCCAGAAGAGGAGGAGGACAAUGACAGUCCAGGUCCAGACAGAGGAAACUGCAGCCCCAAAAACACACUUCAGGAGCUUCUCUCACCUUCCACAGAUGACUGGCUCGGAAGUCCCCGCAAACGCACGCAGACCCUGCCCACCUUCAACUGCCCCCUCACUGGGAUGGCAGCCAAGGCCGACGCCCUCAACCGGUGGAGUAACAUCCAGGAAAGCAUGGAGGAGAAGAGCGGGACAUUGUCAGAGGACAUUUUUAAGAUCCUGGACCUCCGGAGUUCAGGUUCAUUGUUCGGGGGGUCUCAGAUGAGUAACAAGGAGGGAGAGGAUAGGUUAACAGCCAAAAGAGGAAGUGACAACACAGGUUCUUCUACUGCUGGCUCCGAAAAGCCUGACAGUGACUCUCGGCCUGCUCGGGUGCUGUCUCAUCAAAAGAGUGUAGGGAACCUGGCAGUGAGCGGCUCAGUUCAGCAGGUCAACAGCAGGUCUGAGCAGAAGAAAGACAGCCAGCAGCUUGUAGACAGUCUGCAGCAGGAGAACAAGGAGCUGAGGGCCACUGUUGCAGAGCUCCGAUCUGCUCUGGAGGCAGAUCGCCGCCAUGUGGCCGCUCUGGAGAUCUGCCUGAGAGAUGCCGAGCGCAGCCGAGACGAGGCUCAGAGACGCAACGCCGAGCUGCAAAGAGACAUUCAGCAGUUCCUCACCACAAAGCCACAAGCUCCCACCUAACAGUCAUUUUAUGUAUCACUAGUAUAUGGAUUUAUGAGUCCGUUAAACUCAACAGAGCUAAUUUCACAUGAACUGGUUAUGGGAAGUGCUAUCGUCCUCAAGUGGGACACUGGAUUAUUUCCAUUUGAGCCCUGUUUGGUCCUCAUGAUAAAUUAUUGGCUCAUUUGUUUGUGCCUGUGAGGAAAGUCUGUCAAGAAGAGAUCUAAAUAGGCUUUAAUAUCACUAUUCACAUUAAAACUUUUAACACAACACAGGUUUGUUCCUCCCUACUGAGUCAUGUCACUGUAUAUGAACUGCCUUGAUUUGGUGUAGCAUGCAGGACAUGCAAGAAAAGAAGCAUCACACUUGGAAAAUCAAUUAUAUAUAAAACUGUAUGGCCAAUUUGCAACUGGAAAAUGCAAGAAAUGAGGUUCCAUGGAAAUGCAAGGCCUGACAGCAUCAGCUAAGGCUUAACCCUUUGAUCAGAGGUCAACUGGACUGAAUAAUGUUAAUAGUGGACAGUACAAAAUACUGUGUCAUAUUUUGGAGUAAAUAUUUGAUGUUUCAUUACAGUGGUAAAUUAAUAAAACAGCACAAAUGUAA